UUAGACCCUCCUUAGCAAGACUUGAAUGGGCUGUUCAAGUUAAACUGUAUCUCCAACUACAGAUCUGUCUCAGAUUUCUCGAUCCGUGAAGUUGUUUCUUUGCACUUGCAUCUGAUCGUUCCAGAAAUGGCAGCUGCGCUUGUUUCCUCAAUCUUGAACCUAGUAGGAGAAGUUUCAUUACAAGUAACAAUGGGAACGGCGAGGCUGGGGGAAGAUUCUCUAAAUGAACUCAAAAGGCUUAAGAACAACCUUGCGAUCUUAAAUUGGAUCUUUGACAAUACAAGGCUAAAGAGGACUGACAGAGCUAUCGAAUUUUGGUUAGAUGGGCUUACAGAUGCAGCUUAUGACUUGGUGGAUGUGUUGGACGAGUGGAACGCUACGCACGGGAGGUUGAGAAUAAAAGGAGUUGGAAAAACUUCUGUUCUGAAGGCUAAGGUAGGCUCCUUCGUCACCCACUGUUUACGUACUACCCAAGUUGUUAGGCGUGAUGAUCUUGCUUUCAAAUUAAAGGAAUUCAAUGACAGGCUAGAUGAGAUUGCCACUGAUCUAAAUAAAGAUAAUUGGUCGAGAUGGGGUUAAGGGAGACAUUGUAAGCAGUUUGUUUUCUGCAUCUACUGAACAACUUAAGACAAUUUCUGUUGUUGGCAUGGGUGGGAUGGGAAAGACAGCUAUUGCUCAACUUGUUUACCAGCAUGAGGUGGUUAAGCAGCAUUUUGAUCAUAGAAUAUGGGUUUGUGUCUCAGGUGCAUUUGACGAGUGUGAGGUUGCCAAAACAAUAAUUAAAGAAGUUGAACAUGUUAAAAGAUUUGAAGGAGCGCACUCCCUUAAUUCAUUUCCACUUUCUGCCCUUCUUGAUAGAGUUUGUAGAUCUAUCCACGGAAAGAAACUUUUUCUUGUGUUGGAUGAUAUGUGGGCAGAUGACGUGUGGGCAGAUGACGUGCGACACUGGGAAGGACUGAUCCAGACUUUCAAACAUGGUGCCCCAGGGAGUAGGAUUUUAUUAACUACUCGUAAUGGUGAGGUGGCAAAUAUAAUGGAAAGCUCUCA